CGUGAAAUGUUUGAUGUAGAUGGAGUUAACUGGGGGCAGGGCGCAUGCAGUGCAUAGUUCAGACGGGAUCCACAGCUACAUUUCAGUUGUAAAACCAAGCGGUGUUCACUGAAAGAGUGAUCAUUUUCUAGUGGUGGAAAGGAAGCUGCAACCUUUUGUCCUCUUCUCCAACCAUUGAAGGGCCCCGCAAGCACGUGACUCCUGCUCGGGGCUAUGAAAUCAGACCACUGUGUGCUGAAAUGCCGUCCUGUCACUGGGAAGUCGCUGCUCGCCCACAGAGGAAGCUGUGCCCUGGACUGUGAGCUCAGGCUGUCAGCCUCGGCGCCCAGCUUGCCUGUGCUUCUGCAGCGCCAUGGAACAGCCUGCCAGGGAGGGAAUGUUAUACAUGCAAGGUGCCAAGUUUGGGAUGAAGAGCUGGAAGAGAACUUGGGUGAUGCUCUUCCAGGCCAGCCCCUAUGGGAUCGGCCGUGUGGAGCUGUGUGACAUCAGAGACGGGGGGAGUGGGGGUGUCGCUGCAGCAGGGAAGCAGGGCCUGAAGAAGACCGACAAAAAGGUGAUUCGCCUGGACGACUGCGUCAGCAUCACCUCGGCCCCCCAUGAGAGCUGCCCCAAGGACAGCAUCGCCUUCUACCUCAACACCACCCAGCGCACGUACACUCUGGCGUCAGAGCAAGCCCAAGAGUGGAUCACCAAGCUCUGCCAGCUGGCGUUUCAGAAGAGAGAUGGAGACACAAACACCGUGGCCAGACAGGAGAGCUCUGAGAUACCGAUGGAGGAGAAUGAGCUGUAUUCAGCAUGGAAGAAGGAUCAGGAGUAUGAAGUAACUGUUCAGAAGACUGAGGCAUCGGCGAGGUGUUGUCUCACAGGGACUUAUCUUCUGGCUCUUGAUGGAGAAGCUAUCACCCUGCUUGAUCCUCAGACAAAAGAAGUAGUGUACUACUGGCCUUACCAGCUGCUGAGACGCUUUGGCCAGGAUAAGGAUGCGGUGACCUUUGAGGCUGGCAGGCGGUGUGAAUCUGGGGAAGGCCACUUCACAUUCCUGUCCAAAGAUGUAACAAAGAUCUACAGGACCAUUGAAGAUGCCAUUGGACAUCAGAAAAAGCAAAUAUGCAUGAUGAACCCAGAAAUGGAUGCGGUGCCCUCUCAGUCUUUCUCUCAUUCCUCCACGCAGGAACACUGCCAGGUCAUGUCAGCUUUCCACAACAGGGGAAGCAAAACAAGACAAGACCAGGAACUGCCACCUGAAGGCCUUGAGAAGACACGAACCCCCGCUCCAAAGCCACCCAGGAACCUUUUAGCACAAAAGAGAACGCCCAAAUCCAGCCAGCAGCAUGAGGAUAGUUUUGAAAAUGACCCUCAGAAAGCUGUUUAUGCCACUGUGCAGGAACGUUCUGGUCAAGGAGCACUCCGAAGCGUUUUGAGCAGACAACAUACCAUCGAGAAGGAGGAGGAGGAAGAUGAGGAAAACAUUGAGGAGCAAGCGGCAGAGGAGGAGGAAGAGAAGGAGGAGGACUACUGGCAGAGGCAGGAAAAGGAAACGAAGCUUCCUUCAAAGCUGAAGAGCGUUCCCUCUUCUCCUGAAAACAUCUCCCAGGAUUACUGGGGAGCAUACGCAAAGAAACCUACUCUUUAUGACAACAUGAAGAGCUGGGAACAGAACGAAUCUGAAGACCAGGAACAUUCUCCCAGUUCUGAGUGCCUCUAUGCUCUGGCCUCUUUUCACAAGCAGUCAAACAAAGAGAAAUGCUAUGAGGAGGAAAGCGAAGUCUUAAGCCCCAGGUCUACAAUUGUUACCAACACUGAAAUCCCUGUAGACUUCAAGCAGAAGCUUUCUGAUAUCUUUGCAAAGGACAGAGUCAAAGUCUUACCAGCUCUUCCAGCCCGAAAUAUGGGGAUCACGGACAGAACAUAUGAUAACUAGCAGCUGUGACUGCAGUGGAUAUACAGUAUAUGCAAGCUCUGCAUUGCUUUAUUGUGGUAUGUGAGGACAUGAGACAUGCAAUACAAAAAUCCUUUUCAAACAGCAGUUCAAAAUGCACUUGGCCUGGUUCAUAUUCUCUAUGUUUCAUUCUUUCCAACAAAUCUAAUUAAACAGCAACAAGUAUAAAUGCUCAGAACACAGGAGGUUAUAAUUCAACUGAAGCUAUUCAACCCAUCUUUCCUCUUUGGUUGCUAGUAGCUAAUUAAACUCAGAAUCACAGAACCCAGUUCUGUCUUGAAAUAUUACAGACGUUUUGCAGAUUUGAAUACACCUACGUUUGGUUUCCAAUCCAGGAUUUUAAAUGUUAUUUUGCCUUGUGGCCACUUCUAUGGCUAAAUCACCUUUUUAUUAAAUACUUGGUAUUGAUUA